UGUUUGCCGCCGCCGCCGCGGGAACUACUCGGUGCUGGGCAGCUGCCGGCCGAUCCUCGCGUCCCGUCCCGUCCCGGACGGCGGCGGCGAUGUCCGGCGGGGGCAGCCGGCGGCGGGCCGGCCCUUCCUGGCACAGCACCAUCUCCCGCUUCUUCGUCAGGAGCACCCCCGGCGAGGGGACGGCGGCGCCGGGGCGGCCGGCGGGCGCGAGCAGUUCUGAAAACAAAGGGAGUGAAGCCAUAAAUUUAAAGAGCAACCAAAAGGAAGGCACAACUCUGCCUGCACUUUUGAAGGUUUGUCAAAAUGAAGAGAAGAACCAUUCCACAGAAGAACUUAGCAAGUCUGAAAUCCAGGAGGAGCUGAAAAAGGCUAAUAGCCUUCCUAGUUUGACUCCUGUCAUCAAAACAGCAGAUAAAGACAAGCAACCCCGAGAAGGCUUUUUUCAUUUUCUUGGCAGCUUAUUUAAUAUUGCAACAAAAUCUUCUUUGGUAGAAUCUAAACCCUCUACCUCCCAAGAUGAACCCAACAGAUGUGAAAAGGAUUUACAGAACACAAAUACCCUUCUGGAGGACCUGCAGCCCAAGUGGCCGAAAAAUGAAGAGCCUAUCUGUUCUACAGCUAGAAUAAAAGAUGAUUCUGUAAAUAAAGAUGAUGCCAUCUUAAAUAAUAUUGGGAAAGAUAUCUCACACGAUCUGCAAGGAGGCUGGAAAAAAUCUGCAGAUGGACAAAAGCAGAUGCAACGGAAGCCAGAAGCACCGGCAGUCACUUAUGCAACGUAUCGAGGUUCUGCAAGGAUUAGGCAGCUGCUGAAGAAUCAGUCAGGAAUGGCUGAAAAUAGAGAGGAAAGUACUGAGAACAGGAAUGGUUCAACGGUCAAAGAAAAUGGAGAAAUCCAAACAACUGUCUCUGUGAAAUCAGGACACUUAAUAAAAGAAAAUGGAGAAGAUGAGGGUAAAGAUCACGAAGAUGAUGUUAUAGUAAAUUCUUCUGCAGGUAAAAUGGGAACAAAGAACUCCAGUAAAGCUCAGCAUUGCUUGGGUAGCAGUAAACAUGAAAUAACUGUAAGGACUACAACGUCAUCUACUGAAUCAUCUCAUGAGAUAGACUUAAAACAUCUAUCUGCUUUAGCUGCAACAAAAGUUAAAAGGACAUACUCACUAGAUUCAUUACUGUCAUCUAGUAGUAGAAACAACGAGAUCCAAACCAAUUCCACUUCCCAGACUACCGAUUCCCUUAAAAUGAGUUCUGCAAGUGAUUUGGUUGGAAAAGAAGUUGGACUGCUGGGAGAAGUGGAAGCUCAGUUUCAGGCAGACAAAAAUGCCACUUCUAACUUUGAUAAAGAAAAUCAUUGUAGUAAAGCAGCUAAUAAGGAGUCCAGAAAAGAAAUGUGGGAUGAAUGUUUACAUUCACCCAAAUCAAAAAAUAAGAUGGCUAAUGAAGAGCUACAGGUGAGUAAGGGAGAAUAUUGCUGUAAUCAUCAAAUGGAUAGUCAUUCGGAGCUGACAUCGGAUACUCAGAUGCUUCAUUCCAGUACCACUACAUUUCAGCAGCAUGCAGAUCAACAUACAGGUAGUGCAAAUAGUGAUCCAAGAAAAAGUGAUACACAGAAAAUUGGGGCAGCUGUAGAAAGAGAGCAAAAUCCACAGAACUUUCUUGCUACUGCCCCCUCACCUUUUAAUGAACAAGUACCCACUUCGCUUAGCGUGGAGUCCAAAGGAGAAAAAUGCAUAGCUGCAGGCAGUCUAACUGCUUCAGUGUCAUCUAUUAAAAAUGAAGAUACAGUCAUGGGCAGGUGGACUUGUAAUGAAGAACUGAGUGAGUUAGGGAAACCAAGGCAUGUACAAAAUGAUCACCAGUUAAUCCUUAUGGAGAAUUCUAAGGAUAGUGCCACACCGCAGACUGGCUUAUCUUGUCGAGAAACUGAGGAUGUGGAAGCAAUGAAGGUUUUAACUGAGAUUGCAGUGGAAAACCUUGCCAAUGUAUCAUCAUGCAUGCAUGGGUGUGAGAGUGUGAAAUCUAACUUCGAUGAGCUGACAGCACCUCUCUCCAUUACUUACAAGUCGUCUUUUGAAGCUGGAGGCUGUUGCUCAGCUUCUCUUCAUCCUAGUUGCAAGGCUGAAAAUAAAACUAUAGGGAAAAGAGAAGUGAGUUUAAAAGGUGUGAGAGAGACAGUUUUUUGUUCUGAUCUUCAAUGUGAGAAGAGCAAAUCCUUUGAGCCUGUAGAGAUGAGUCUCUCGGAAAGCUCAGUUCCUGUCCACAGCAUUGGUCCUGUUUCCCUUGAAACUGUUCAAGACAUUCCUGCAGAGGCAUUAGUUAUAAUCACAGAAGAUAACACAGCAAAGCCUGCACCUUGCCCUCUAAUCAGCAUUGACAAGACAGAUGAUCAUAUUCCUGCUGCUUCUAAAAUCGACAGGACUGGUAUGACUGAGGUUGCUCUUGUUCCUUCUGAGUGUAAGGAUUGCAUCUCUGAACUUCCCUCCUGUAUUUCUGAGUCAAAAGAAAACAUUCUGGAGGUUUCUCAUUCUGCCUUGACCAACCAUUCUGUUUUCAUCUGUGGAAAAGACGAUGUAGACAUAAUUUCUGAAUCUCCAUGUGUUUCUGAAGAUAGGUAUAUUCUUUUUUCUUCCAAGAAGGAAAACAGGAGUAAGCCUAGGAUAUCACCCACAGUACUUGAUUCUUCGUCUGACAACCAAGGAAAAAUGCCUUCUCCUGCCACUAACUCUGAAAAUGGCUGGAUUGCUGAAGGGUCCGCUGCUUCUGAACAGGACAGCUUUAUUCUUCCAGCUGCUGAGUUUAGGAGAAUAAUCCCUGAGGACAGAAUGACCGAGGUGCCAUUUUGCUCAGGACACCUGAGAGCUUCAUGCCCAGCUGGUUCUCUGGAACCUGAGCUUACUCCAGCUAUGCUUGAUGGCUCUGCUGCUGGAGUAGACGUGGGGGAUGUUUGCAUCCCCAGACCCUCUUCACCUACUACGAGAUCCAGAGAAGCCUCCAACUUUUCCGUUUCUGCUUUGGAAAUGUUGGGCAUUGCUCAGGGGAACAGUUAUUCCUCCAGUCACAGAGCUGGUGAUGGGGCAGAGGAAGCCUCUUCUACACAACAGGCUGACAGCAGUGUCUUGGCAGAGGCAAUGCCAUCACUCAUCUGUCCUUUGAAAUCUUUGGAAAUGGCAUCCAAGUCAGCAUGUACCGAGAGCGUGUGCAGAAAUGCUGUGGGACAGGUGAAUCUUGGUAACUCUGUUUCUGGUAUCUUAGAAGCCCCUUCUGUGACAGAUGGUCAAACAGCUGCUGCACCUGCAGAGUCAAAUGAGCUGUGUUCUGAGGAAGUAUGGGAAGAUACCGAUGUGAAGGGACAAGAACGUGCUAAAUUACAAGAUGCUGCUUUUUUGUUUAAAAAAGCUGAGGAAAUAGUGGAUUCAGUUUUACACUUGGCUAUAGAAGAAAUAAUAGCAAAACAAGCCAUUGGUGUCUGCCAGCUUUGUGGGAGCAAGGAUGGUUUAAUAAAUACGGAUAUUCUAAAUGAUCAGAAAGCUGGAACUGUACAGUUGGAAGCAGAAGAAAUCCAGUCAGCUGUGCAGUCAUUAAAACAUUUUUAUAACAGCAGUGAAGGAAGCUCAUCUUCACUUACAGGGAAUGAAAUAGUGGAUACAAAUAAUCGAGAUGAAAGGUUACUUUCUUGUAUCCCUGAUAAAAUUAACCUGCAUAGUGCAUUAGCACUAAAAGCAAAAGAAAUAAUUGAUGAAGUCAUUAACUCGGCCAAACAAAAACUGGCAUCCAGUCAGUGGCAAGGCAGUGAGAGUAAAAGGCCUUCUGAAAUUGUUGAGCCUAAACCUAAGGCUGAAACCCCAAAGAUUUUAAACUUGGAUAUGAAGUUACCUGCCAAAACACGGGAACCAACAGAGAAGGCAGAAACUCAGAGUGUAGCUGUAAACUCUGAGAAGGCAGGUUGCUCAGGUCCUCCUUUACUUCCAAAUAGUAUGGAAAAUGGCAUAGACUCGUCCCAAAGAGGUGAAAAGAUACCACAUAUUGCAUAUACGUGUCAAACAAAUAGAUUUCUACCCACUGGUAAUUCAGCAAGGCCAGAAUCAGAUGUUAUGACACCAGUCGGAGAGAGACACAGUAGAAAGGUAUGUGAACAACAGGCUGCAGCAGAGCUGUGUGGCAAAGCUGGAGUAUCAGCAACUAGUAGAAAAUCUGAUGGAUCUUCACAUUUAAUACAUAGAGACGCUACUGUGACUGAAGAGAUGCUUCUGCCAUUGCAGUUAAAAGAUUCAUGCAAUAAUAAAAAUAUGCCAGAGUGCACAUUGCUUGCAACUGUAAAUGUUAAUUUGUCAUCUUUUAUGCCUGGCGAAGAACAUACCAGCAUGCAGAGUGAAUCCAAAGACAAAAGCAGUCCUCAGGGUUCUCUGGAAGGCAGUGCAGAGGACAGUCUGUAUGAACGCCAUGGAAGAGAGGUUGCAGAAGUAGUACGUGCACAAGUGAAAGCAACCUUAGAAGAUUCAAAGGCAGUGGAGAGUGAAGAUGAACUAGCAGAAGGGGCAAAUGAGAUAGCAGAGGUUAAUAUUGGAUUAAAUACACAGUUCACUGUACCUGAAUUGUCUGUUACUGGAGAAGACGGUGAAGGGAAAAACUGCUUCAACGUGGCUUUUUCCCAGAAUAAUGAGAAUCUGAAGCAGGUACAAAUGAAAGAUCAAGACAUGAAGAGAAAUGAUCAGCUUAAAGAAAAUGGUCCAGACUGUAGUGAUGACAUGAAGGAAUCGACAGGUCUUUUGGCCUUUUCUCCACUAAUUGAACAGUGGGAAAACAGUUCUUUUACUAUCAUUUAUGAAGGUGCCCUUCAAACUGAGAACAAAUCUGUCUCAAUGGAUGAUACGCAAACUGGUUUGCCUUCUUCUUCUGUUCUGCCUUCACAUAAUAUAGAUCAUCUAAUGUGUGAAAGAGCAAAGAGUAAACAUGAGCCAGCCUGUCUUUAUGGGAAGGAUAGCAAGUUGAAUGAAGCAACAGAUAGCUGUAGCUCAGAGUCAUUUCUGAGCGUAGAGGCCAAGCGCUACAGAGUAUAUCCUUUCUCUUUGUCUCCAAUAUAUGAAGACGACAGCUCCCAAGAAGACUUGCUUUCCACAGACGUGUCACCAGAAGGCCAUCCUGGUGGAAUAUCUAAAGAUAACGUUGACCACACUUCUGUACUGUCCCUUCUCCAGUCAGUUUCUGAGCGCUUACAGUUUACUACUCAGUUCAGUAAAGAGGAUGAGGAGGAGGGAGUGGAGGACGAAGAGGAGGAAGAAUCAUCAUAUGAAGAAAAUAUGCUUGAUGUUGAGAGAGAAGAAGAAUGUCUUUCCAGUCAGUGGAGAGGGAAUUUAAAAACAACCCUUCAAUCAAAUGAUCUGAGUAGAUCUUUGUUUCCUGAACAAUCACCUCCUCUUUCAGAAGAACAACUUGACUCUAAAGAGCAGCCAGAACUGUUUCCAGAUGCGGGUUCUCCUAAUCAGAUACCUUUUAAGCCAGUUUCACAGAAAGCUGAUGCUGCUCUAAAGUGUCCUCCUACAAGUGUAUACUACCAGUACUUGAAAUCUGCCAGCAAUUCCUCCUCUGAGAAGGGAACCAGGUUUGGAAGCAUUCUCCAGGAUAUGUUGCAGCCAAAGAUUCAUUGGUCUCAAGACAACACUGUGCCAAAACUGGGAGAACUGUCAGCGAACCUCAUUGAUAGGGCAAGUCUCAAAUACAAUCCAAGACCGGGAAAGAUUAUUAUUUAUAAUAUUUAUGGCGACAAAAGUAAACAAGAAGUUCAUUCUGAUGUGCUGGAUACCACGUCCUGGAUCUUUCCUGUUGGAGGAUUACUUAGGAUAAUUAGAGGCUGCUGGAUUUUUUAUGAGAAACCCAAGUUCCAGGGUCGGAAAUACAUACUAGAAGAAGGAGAGACUGUGCUGGAUCACCUUUGGGAUCUUCCAGGCGUGAAACAUCGUCGAAGAAACCUCACAGUUGGUUCAAUCAAACAUGUAACAAAGGACUGUGGGAUUCCAGAGUUAGAAUUCUGCCUGGCAGCUGGUGGUACAGAGGGACUUCCCAUCUGCAUACAGAGUGCAGUUGCCAAUUUAGAAGAAUUGGAUGUUGAGAAAAACCCUUAUAUAAGCGUCAAAUCAGGAGUAUGGCUUGCUUAUUCAGACUUUAAUUACAAGGGAGAGAUGAAGGUUUUGGAAGAAGGCGAUUCACCAUUUGAAAUUCCUUCAGCAGAUGUAAAAUCUCUGCGUCCCUUAAAAAUGGGUGGACUAAAGGUACAAAUGCCAAUGAAUGUCAAGAUUGUAAUAUAUGAGAAAACCCACUUUGGAGGAUGGUCCAAAGAGUUUUCAGAAAAUAUCAGUUCUGUCCUAGAUUUGUUUGGUAAUGAAGAGGAGUUUCAGGAAAUUGGAUCAAUACGUGUAAUUGGAGGAAUAUGGGUUGCCUAUGAUAAGGAACGCUACAAAGGCCAUCAGUACUUGCUGGAGGAGGGAGAUUAUGAAGACAGACGCUCAUGGGGAGGAGCUGACAGUGCCCUCCUGUCUUUCCGGUUCCUUCAGGCUGAUUUCAUAGAGUCAUCAGUGGCACUUUUUGAGUCUGAUGAUGAAGAUGGGAAAGCAUUAGACAUCGUCAAUGAAGAAAUCCCUGAUUUGGAGCAGGCUGGAUUUGGCCCAGAGACGAGGUCGAUCCUUGUGAGAAGUGGAGUGUGGGUUGCGUAUCAGCAGAAAUAUUUCUGUGGAGAACAAUAUGUAUUGGAGAAAGGAAAAUAUAAAUGUUUCUUUGACUGGGGAGGAUCUAGUAAAAUCAUCAUGUCAAUUCGACCUAUCAAGUUGGAACCGCUUGGAACAAAUGAACCUCCCCAUUUGCUCAAAGCUUUCAGUAAUACACAUUUCCAAGGAGCAUGUGUAGAUUUCACAGCAGAAGUUUCUGAUUUUACAUCAUUCAUACCAUGUUCUUUUAAGGUUCUUCGGGGAUGUUGGCUCCUGUAUUACCAAGGGGAAAUCACUGAUAAUCACUGUGUGCUGGAAGAAGGCCUCUACGUUGACCUCAGUUCCUGUGGCUGCCUGACUGCUAAAAUCAAAUCCCUCAAGCCUAUUCAAUAUGUUUUUGCUGAGCCCUCCAUCAGCCUGUUCGCUCUGGAAUGCUGCAAGGGGAGGGAGCUGCACUUCAGUGAACCCAUCAAUUCUGUUUUGAAUGAGGACCUUCAUUUUUACACUCAGUCUGUAUGGGUGAGAAGCGGAUUACAAGAUUAAUUUUCUUGAGAGAUCUUAUGGGAUGACACAAAACCACACAGAAUUUGAAGCCACUGGGCAAGGAAUUAGUGCAGACCGACCACAGCAUAGGUAUAUCUCCAUUGUGAUUCUUAGGAUGAAUUUUUCAAAUGCAUCUAGUCUGUUACCACCUAGAAGUCAAAACCCUUCUACGGAUAUCUGUGGUAACACUGCUGAGCGCUCCUCUGAUUCUUUGAGGUUGGUCCAAAGGUUAAGCCUAACCUAGCCAAUGCUCUAGAGCACCAUGGACUCUUUUCUUUCAGUAAUUUCAUGCAAGCGUUUUCUUGAAAGGCUGGUUAGGGAUUGAAUCUCCCUUUGCUUAAGAGCAGUCAGUGGUGACUGACUUUAGCUGUGGGCCCACAGUGAACAUAAGCUUCCCACAGAGCUUUGCCAAUCCACUAUAAAUGCUAGUCCCUAACAUCUGUGCCACUUCUAUCCUGAGCCCUUGCUGAAAAUAUACAGAGGGUGCAGUCAUCUGCUGCUUUUGUCUUGGUGCCCCAGGAGAGAGUGGCAAGUAGCUGCCUUUUGAGGUGUGAGAACAACAUACAUACGUUCCCUGUGAUCUGUGCUAGUUUGGAGGAGGAAAUGCCUUCUUUGGGAGGAACACUUGUAUUUCUGGUGGGAGCAUGUAAAUCUUCAUACCUCUGUGGAGGUGUUACAGUCUAAAGUCUCUCUUGUUGGGGAACGUCUCUUGAUGAGCUUUCUCUGCCCUCUCAUCAGGGGUGUGGAACUGGCAAUUAAAUCACUUUGCCCAUGCAGUUGGCUGUAAAGGAAGGGUGAUGGCUUUGGGACCACAUAGUAGAAAAGCACGGGAGAGUGAGCGCAGCAGUCCAGCCCCUCCUCCACCUUUGUGUUCUUUUCUGAGUAUCCCAGCCAGGUGAGCUGCUGCCCUGAUGCUGGGAAGGGUCAGGGCAGAAUGGCUGAGCUUUCUCUGAGCUCUGUGUGAUGCUCCCUAGGAAACAGACCUCUACAGCCUGCCCCUGUCCCACACUGCAGAUAGGUAGCCUAAAGGUUGAGGGUGGCAGGUGACCGUGGGAAGUCUGUGGGAUGUCCUAGAGGGUUUGUUCGCCUUAUCUGCGAUCAAGAGUUCAGGAAGGUGGAUUUAGAGGUUUUUUUGGCUCCUUGCCCCAAAGCCUACCGUCAGCUUUAGACAAAUGACAAAGAUUUGUGUAAAUGUACCGAUGGGAUCUUGCCGUCAGGCUUAGGUACAAGGAUCCUUCCUGAGCCAGCUGACCCACCUCAGUCAGAAAUGGCAGGAGCCUGGACUAUGGCUUGGUAAAGAGUGCUGGGGGCUAAGGUACUCCCAGGUGUGGGAGAGAUGGCACAGCGGAGGCUGCUGGUCUGCGUGAGAGCCGAGAUGGGUUUUGCUUCUGUCGCUGAAUGCCAGAAGCCCAACCUGGCUUCAGAUGGUUAUUAUGGUAACAGUCCUUCCCCUCUCGGUUUCCUGUAAAUGUCUGCUUUGGCAACAGAAACUGCAUUUCCAAUGAAACUGAUGCUCCAAGAAUAACGUUAACAGUGAAUUCUCAGUGACUUCACAGAAAGUAUUACAAGAAGAAGUCAGGAAUGUGUUAGAGGGAGAAAGACCACACAGUGGUGGUCGAGCUGCUCUGAAUACCCGUUAGUCAGGAGGUACGGGGCUUAAUUUGAAGAAACAGGAUACAGGCUCAUUACAGGGCAGUUCACAGUUGCACACUUUAGCCUCCGUGGAGUCCUGAGCAAGGCCUGUCAGUUUCUCCAAAUUAUGCACAAUGGGGAAAAGUAAAUUACAGGUGCUGUGAGCGCUGUUUGUGGAUGUUUUCUCAUUUAGAGUGCAGCCAUCCCUCCUGCUCUUGGCAGCUGACCUGUAAAACAGGUAACUGAGGAAACCAGUAUUUGCCUUGUGCUGAGAUGGGUGAAUGAGUCAAGAGUUUGCACAACAGUGUCCUAUUUGAUAUAAACAAAACUGAUCUGUGAUCCUGAGGCUGCCUUUGUAAGCAGCAACACGGUAUCUACUGAGCAGAUGUAUAGAUAACAAGGGACCUGCAUGUGCUGGUGCUUUAACUCUGUGUUAACAGAGUAUUUGGCCGUCUCCAUGGCUCAGAUAUGUUCGCUACAGGAAAGUCUGUUAUCACAAUGUGUAGGUUUUGGAGUAAAUAUUGUGUAUGUGUUUUCAGACAAGUGGAAUAGCUACAGAAAGCUUUAACUGUAACAGAAGAAAACAUUGGACAAGAUCCUCUCGUAAUUAUGUACAACCAGGCAAAGCUGCGAGUACUACUGUCUGGUGCGUGGCUUCCUAGUUUCCUAACACGUGCCUGCUGAAGCCUGCAUUAUUCCCAUCUGGGUUCAUGCAGGAGUUCUCACAUUUGUGGGAAAAAUUUGCGCAGGGGGUGGAGUUUACAAGUUUCAGGCAGACAAACAGAAAACAGGUCUUAAUUUAGACAGAAAACCGUUAAAUCACUGAAAGGGAUGGCAUUUUGUGGCAUAGAGAUACAGGCUUGAUAGCAGUACUACUCUGCAGAGGUUUGGGAGCUUUUGUGAGCACAAGCCUGUAGUUUAGUUCCGCUAUGGUUGACACAUAGUC